AUGGUCUUAAGCAUAUUGACAAUAAUUUUGAUUUUGAUUUAAAGCUAAUAUUCUGAUGGAUAGAAAUGCCCUUAAACAAAUAUCCAAACGAUUGUUGGAUUUUAUGGAUAUUAUGUCUUCAAUAAUUACUUGAAACUACCAAAAACUAACAUUCUCAUAGCUAUUAGUGUUUAGUAUAGCGGAACAUAAAUUGCUCAUACCACAUUAUAUUUAGAUGAUAUAUCAACAACCUAAGAUAAUGUUUUGGAUAUAGUUAAAACUGAAUAUCAAAUACUCCAAUUAGAUUAUAUAGAACCUUUUAAAAAAAUUAUAGCCUCUAACUAAUCAUAGAUUUUGAUUAUUGAUCCCUAUAGUGUAAAACCAAUAAAAUAAAUUGAUUUUUCUUAAGUUAUUGGCAUGACUUAUAUCAAAGAUUUUGGUUUAAUUUUUAUGUGUGGUGGUGUCUGCGAAUGUUUUGUUGUUGAAAUUAAUUAUUUUCAAGUUAUAUUUAGAUUUAACAACUGUUAGUAUGACUCUAAUCCUUUUAUUACCUAUACAUUUUCCAAAGCCUAUAAGUAAAAUAACGGUGUAGUUGUUUUGGUAGUUUAAGAUCCUAAAGGUUUAUGCACAUGGUCUUUUCAAUAUAGUACAGCAGAUGGAUUUUUAAAUUCAUCACAUAAUUAUGACUCGCAUGAUCAAUAUGAUAUCAUAUUUCUUGCAGGAAAUAACGGUCUAGUGCUAGAUUUUUAAGUCAUCACUACUCCAAACACAAACUAAGUUUAAUCUUUGAACUUUUUAAACUUGUAAAACCCUUUUUAAGUUUAAUUGGUAGGUAAAUAAAUCUAUUAUGCUUUUAUGUACCAUAUGGUAGAAAAUUAGUAGCUUAUAAUUCCUGUAUAAGAUUUUUAUGAUAACUAAAAAUCUUUUACGUUUGCUUAUAACUAUAAUACAAAUACUGGUCAGAUUCGUCUUUAUUAUAAAACUAAUGGAUUCACAAAACAGUAUAGAAUCUAGCUAUAAUAAAACUAUUAUUUUGUUUCAAUGUUUGACAACUUAAUAAUAAUUACUUAAGAUAGUAUAUAAGGGAAAAUAAUCUAAUAAUUUAAUAUAAUAAAUUCACCAUAUGUUGGUAAUAGUUUUAUUUCUGUUUACAAUAACCCUCUUUGCUAUAUCAUUAUAUAGGUAGGAAAUUAUAUAAAGCUAUAUAAAACAUCACUUGACAAUUAAAAUACAUUUGGCCAUUAUUUAGGUCUCGAUUACUUAGCUUUAAACGUGCCAUCUGAAUAAUAUAAACCUGUUGCGUUCUAUUAAAAAAAUAAUAAUUAAGACUAAGUAUGGGUUGUAUUGAGUUUACCUAUAAAAAAGAAUAAUUAAAACUUUCUCUUUCAUAUUAUUGAUAUGUGGAAUUUUUAAUUUCAAGUUUUAGUGUCAAAUAAUCCAGAUGACAAUAUUAACAAAACCAGUUUUGCUUUGUAUUGCGAUUAAUCUUAAGAGAUUAUUGGCUUAGAUGUACUAGGAAAUGUCUAUGUUUGGGAUGCUAAAAAUUUUACAAACUUUAAAUAUAAAGCUACUAUGACAUAAUAUACUUGUCUAAAUCCUUAAACUGGUACUCUAAGAUAUGAUAUAAAUGGAAUUUAUUUGAUAGUUCAGUGUGGUGAUUAUUAAAUCAUCAGUUUUAACAUUCUUUCUGGAUAAACUCAAAAAAUAAUCAAGCUUAGUAGUUUAAGUGAUGUUUUUUCAUUUAUUGAAGAAAUUUAGCUACUUCUUACGUAUGAUUUUUCUUCUGGAAACAUUAGCAUUUUUUAGUUUUAAUCAGGUACUAUUGAUUCACCUUUUUAAACUUCAUCUAGCCUUAUUACAGCUUUUUAUAAUGCUAAAAAAUAUUAAUAAAUAUUUACAGAAGUAAAAAGUAUCAAUUUAAAUAUUAAUAUUGACCCAUCAAAUAUCUUCAAUUUAAUUUAAGAAUUUAUAUCACUUGAUUUUGGAAGCAAUAUAAGUCUGAAUAUUAAAAAUUUAAACUCAUCUUAAAAAGGAUAGAUAAAUAUUACUAAUUAUAUUUAAUUUUCAAAUUAUAAUUCUGUAACAUUAGAUAAUGUAUUAUUGAAUUUUAACACCUAAACAUCAGCUAUUAGUAGUUAGUAAAACUGUGGUAUUUACUUGACAAAUGUUCAAAAUAGCCUCCUUAAUAAUUUAGAUUAUAAAUCAUAAAAUUCAUCAAUUAACUGCUUCUAAAUAUAAAUUAAUAAUUCUACAACUACAAUUUCUAACACAGUUUUAGCUCAUAAAGAUUUCUCAAAUGUUAACCAGCUUAUAACCAUCGCAAACUCAAAUCAAAUUUAUUUCAGAAAUUUUUAGUUGCUGAAUUCUAUAUUGAAUAGCCAAUUGACUAUACUCAAUUAGAUAAGUGAUACUAAACUUUUUAUUGAUAAUAUGAUAAUAUAAAAUAAUAAUUGUAGCAGUUACUAUGUUAAUCCCCCUGAUUUAGUAGGAUAGCUCUUUCAAGUUGGCUAGUCUUAAGUAACUAAUUUAUUAAUAGCAAACAAUUCUUUUUGCAACUAGAAAAUAUUUUCUACUAAUGGUAAUAUAAAUUAAAAGAAUUUAGAAUUUAUCUUUUAAAAUAUUACUAUUUAAUAAAACCAAUUUUACAUUCAAGCCUAAUAUCUCUUUUUCGAUUCUAUUUACUAUUUUAACUCAGUUCCUUAACAUAGUCUGUUGGUCAGUAAUGUUUUUAGUUCAGAAAAUUCUUACUUUUCUUAAAAUCAAGGCUAAUAGACAGUCAUUGAAACCACUUCCUUAUUUUUUACCAACCAAAUAAAGAAUAUUACUUUAUAAAAUGUUACUGUCUAUAAUCAAUAUGAAAUAUCUUUUUGCAUAGUUUAGUUUUCUAAUUUUGUUAAUUUAUACAACUUAACAUACUAAAAUGACAAAGAAUUUUAAGAUAGAAAAAAUAAUAUUAAGUUUGGUGGUUUUAUAUAAUUGAGUGAAAUAUAGUAAUUAAACUUGAAAUUGAUGAAAGUAUCAAGCAUUAAAGCAAUAGAUAAUUCAAUUAUGAGUAUCACUACAUAACAAUAUUCAAAGAUUAAUAUGUUAUUUUAAAAUGUAGAAAUAUUUAAUAGCUAGUUUUAUCAAACCAAAUCUAAUUCUCCAGCUAACCCAAUAUACAUUUUAUCACAGUAAUAUUCCAAUAUUACAAUCUGCUAAUGUUCCUUCCACGAUAAUUAACUUACUGGUCUAAUUAACUCUUAAAUUCAAUCAACUACAGCUUUAUAGAUUGUAAGUCCUCUAGGAGAUACUUCUAUUUUAGAAACACAGUUUACAAAUUCAAAAUCAAACUCUAUCUACAACUUUGUCUAUUUAUAAAGCAAUUAAAUUUUUAUUAAUUAAUGCAACUUUAAAAACUCUUCAUUUGACUUAUAAGACCCUAUUUCAUAAUUUAAGUAAGAAGGAGGGUCAAUAAGAGCAAAGUUUAAUAAUCUAACAAUAAAAGGAACAUAAUUUGUUAACUCUACAGCAAAUUAGGGUACUUUCAUGUAUCUCGAAUCUCUUAGCAAUAAUCUAAAUAUACAGUUAAAUUAAACAUCUUUUGUACAAGGCUAUUCUGAUUUCUAAGGAAGUGUAUUAUACAUCGAUAAUUCUAACUCAGAUUUAUUUUUUAAAUGCUCUUAAUGUAAUUUUACUGAUAUUUACUCUUUCAGUAAAGACUCUGAAGCAAUAUCUAUUAAGUACACAGAUAAUCAAAUUUCUAGUUAGAAAAAUACAAUCUAGUUCUUAUAAGCUUAUUUAAUCAAUAUUUUAGGCCAAUAAAAUAGUUUUUUUAUUAAUUCAGCAAAUUCGAUAACUUAAUUUUAGAAUAUUUAGCAAACUUAAACAUAGAAUUUUAGUUUUCCAUAACAAUUUACAAAUUAAAUUUCAAAUCUGCAAUCUCAGGCAUUGGUCUAAUGUUAAUAUUCAAAUAUUACUAUUUCCAAAUCUGUAUUUAGCAAUUUAUAUAGCUUACCUAACUCUAUAUCUCCUUUGUUUAUAAACUCUACAUUUUCUAAUAUAAAUAUGACAGAUAUAGUAUUUUAAUAAAGUAAAUUUUCUAAGAGUUUAAUCAACUUUGGAUUAGGUUAGAUUAUCAUACAAAAAUCAUAAUUCCUAAAUAAUACUUAGGUAUAUUAAAGCAGAUUUCUUUAAACCUUAAAGUCAAAUUUACCUUAUUAAAAUAACUCUUUGAUCAUGAUAGAGAACUCUUAAUUACAAGCAACUGAUAAUACUCUUUUUGAAAAUAUCUAAUGUUAUCAAAAUUGCUAUGGUUCAUCAAUAUACAUGAUUAACUCAACAUUCUAAAUUGAUUAGACUAAAUUUAUUAACUCUAAAGCAGUAGGAGGAGGAGCUAUAUUUAUUGAAAGUUUAAGAUCAAGUGAUAAUCAAAUAACUAACUCUUAUUUUAUGAGCAAUUAAGCUAUGUAAGAUGGAGGAGCAUUGUAUAUUCAUGGAAAUAAAGGCGACUAAUUCUAGUUAAAAAUAGCUUUAACUGUAUUUAAUGAUAAUUUAUCUUAAUAAGGAUCUGGAGGAGCGAUUUUUAUAAAUAGUGAUUCAAAUAAUUCAACAUAAUAAUCAAUUUUUAUAAAAAAAUCAAUUAUGUAAAAUAAUUAAGCAUAAAUAGGAGGAGCUAUUUAAAAUUUUGGUAUAAAUCCAUUUUAUGAUUCAAACACUAUAUAAAACAACAAAGCUAGUUUAUAUGGUUCUAAUACAUUCUCUUAUCCUACUUCUCUAUUUUUAACUAACGAAAUAUAAUUCAACUAGCAAUAUAACCAAAAUAUUAAAUAAAUAGUUUUAAAUGAUUUUAAAAGUGGAGGAAAUCUUCCAAAUUUUAUAUUUUAGCUGAGAGACGAUAUGAAUAUAACUGUAAUUUAACAAAAAGAUUAAUUAUUAACUUCUAAAAUUUAAGUGAGUAGUAGGACAUAAAAUUCAACAUAAUAUUACAUAAGAGGUAAUUCAGAAAUCAGUAUUGAUCCUACAUAGCACAAUUUUAAUUUUUCUAAUCUUUAACUUAUUGGAAUACCUGAAUCAUCUGCUGUUAUUCAGUUUACAUCUGAUUCAAUCAAAAUUUACAAUCCUAUUACUAGCCAAUAUGAUUCUAAUUACACAUUUGAUGUUUUUGUUAAUUUUAGAAGUUGCUCAAUUGGUGAAAUAAUAAAUAAAUACAAUAAUUUCUAAGAAUGCUAAGCAUGUGAAAAUGGUAAGUAUAGCCUAGAUUAUACAAGUUGCUAUCCUUGUCCAAAUGGAGGAGAAUGCCAAAAUGGUGUAAUUUAACUUGUAUAAGGAUUUUGGAGAGAAGAGUAAAAUAGUUCAGAUAUUAUAGAAUGUACCAAUAGAAAAGAAAAUUGUAUAGAAAAAACAUUUGGUAAUUAUGUAUGCACAACUGGAAAUAUAGGUCCAUUAUGUGAAGAAUGCGAUAUUUAUGGAUAGUUUUGGGGAGAGAGUUUCACAAGAAUAAAUAAAUAUCAGUGCACAUAAUGCUAAGACUCUCAAUAAAAUCUAUGGAAGCUAUUUUUAAAUUAUUUCUUUUGUAAAUUCUUUUAAUUUAGCAAUUAAAUCAGAUUUGCUAGAAAUUACUUCAACUAUUGGAGUUCCAAUAUCAAGUUCAGUGGAUUAUUUUGA